AUGGGGGUAGGGCUACGCAGCCAGUCCUGGCGAGGACCCUGGCCCUCCUAUGGCAAGCUCCAGGAGUCCUGGGGGAGGCCCCUGGAGGGCCGACGUCACCGGGCGCUGAGCCUCAGACGGGGGUGUGAGAAGACCAGGUCCUCAGAGAGAGGCCCAGAAGGGCUGGAUGUCCCCGGUCAGGAGUGGCUGCCGGGGAGCCUGGGGGACACGGAACAGCUGAUCCAAGUUCAGCAAAGAGAAAACCAGCGAUGGCUGAGGCAGUAUCAACAGCAGGUAAGGAGAAGGUGGCAGCGCUUUGUCGCCAGCUUCCCCAGCGUGACCCUGAGCUGGCCGGCCUCCCCAUAGCCCCCGCUGGGCACCAUCAACUAAGGAUGCUGGAAGUGGUGGGGGCCCCUCCUGCACCCAGGGGAGAUGGGCAUGUCUUCUGACUGAUCUCUUUGCGGCCCUUCUGGACUGUGGAUGGUGCGGCCUCCUACGUGGACUGCUCCGGCCUGCCUACGUGGCCUGCCACCAGCUCACUUGAGGCCCCUGUGGUUGCACCUCGACUCUGGCCCUCUGCUCCAAGGCUCGCUCACAGCAAGGGCCCCAACAGGGCUGCGAAGGAGGGGGCUCAGCUCUGCCUGCUGGUGGUCUCUGCCCUCCGGGCGUGGGGGUCCCUCCUGACAUGUAUGAAGGUCUUAGAAACCUGCCCAGAAGUGGGAGUGUCGACGCCCCAGGCCCCACACAAGACCAGUCAUAAGCUUCCAGGCUGGAGCUCAGUGAAGCCAGACCUGUGGCUGAGAGGCUCUCACACAUCACCCAGUGGCCAGGCCAUGCCCCUCUGCCCUUCUGCUAGCAGCUAGUGGUGGGCGUGGCAUGGGCCUCCCUCCCGGAUGGAGAGCCCCCCUAGGCAAGGACCACGUCUGGGUCUGGGGGGACCUCACUGCUGGCGCUCUGUGGCUGAAAGGCCUGGGCCUGCGCAUUGUCGCUUCCAUCCUCACAGUAUCCCGGUGAUGGGAGCAGAGGAAGCCUUCCCUCCCUGUGUGACAGAGAGGGAAACUGAGGCCCAGAGUAGGGAAGGGAUUAUUGUCUUCAGCGUCUCUGGCCCCACCCCCACCCAGUGCCCAACACUGGGGCUGAACACAGGAAUAAAGGUUGCUGAGCUGAAGAAAAUGAUUUGCCUCCUGACUAACUGGCCUAGACGCCUCUCCCAACCCCCGUGGGGGCAGGAAGGGCCCAGAGCUUCCCAGAAUGGUGGGGCAGGAGCACCAGGAGGCUGGGCCCUUCCUGCCACUUCUCUUGACCUUACUCCCAAGCAGAAUUACCCCCUCCUCCUGUGCUGACCUGCAGCCGGCUACUGAGGACCUGGCUCCCCCCAGCUCUCUAGCCCUUGUGCUCCAUCCAUGAGGCAGGGUUCACU